AUGUCUUACACCGUUCGCAAGAUUGGCCAGGCCAACACCCUGGAGCACCGUGUCUUCAUCGAGCGCGAUGGCAAGCCCGUCUCUCCCUUCCACGACAUCCCUCUCUACGCCAAUGAGCAGCAGAACAUCCUCAACAUGGUUGUUGAGAUCCCCCGCUGGACCAACGCCAAGCAGGAGAUCUCCAAGGAGGACUUCCUCAACCCCAUCAAGCAGGACACCAAGAAGGGCAAGCUCCGUUACGUGCGUAACUGCUUCCCCCAUAAGGGUUACCUCUGGAACUACGGUGCCUUCCCCCAGACCUGGGAAGACCCCAACACCGUUCACCCCGAGACCAAGGCCAAGGGUGACAACGACCCUCUCGAUGUUUGCGAAAUCGGUGAGCUCGUCGGCUACCCCGGUCAGGUCAAGCAGGUGAAGGUCCUUGGUGUCAUGGCCCUGCUCGACGAGGAGGAGACCGACUGGAAGAUCAUUGUCAUCGACGUCAACGACCCUCUGGCUGCUAAGCUGCACGACAUCGAGGAUGUCGAGCGCCACCUUCCUGGCCUUCUCCGUGCCACCAACGAGUGGUUCCGUAUCUACAAAAUCCCCGACGGAAAGCCCGAGAACCAGUUCGCUUUCUCCGGCGAGUGCAAGAACAAGAAGUACGCUCUGGACGUCGUCCGCGAGUGCGCCGACGCCUGGGAGAAGCUCAUCUCCGGCAAGGCUCCCCGUGGCGAGAUCAGCCUGGCCAACAACACCGUUGAGGGCUCCGCUGACCGUGCUGACCCCAGCCAGAUCGCCGCCAUUCCCCAGGGCGAGAACUUGCCUCCUGCCCCUAUCGAUGGCAGCGUUGACAAGUGGUUCUUCAUCUCUGGUGCUGCCGUCUAA